CGUGACUAUCACCACGCGCAUCAUCGCGGAGCUGGGAGAGGACCACUGUCGACCAUCAUCAGCACCUACAAGAUAUCAUUCUUCCUCGACGUUCCCUAACUAUUUAAUACUAACUCAAGCUCAGAAUUAACAUAUUUCCACCCAUUCAGACCGACAUGUCUGCCUUCACCUCGUCGCUUCGCCCCUUCCUGCGCGCCUCUUCAGGUGCAGCUCUCUCCGCACGCUCUUUCAGCACCUCCUCGCCGCGCUCGAUCGCACGCAUGAUCAUCACUGGCCGUCUCGCUGCCGAGCCCGAGCUGCACGCCACCUCAACCGGUCAGGAUGUCAUCAAGUAUGCGGUGGGUACAACCUACGGCAGAGGGGAUAACCGGCAGACCAGCUGGUUCCGCGUCUCGAGCUUCCAGCCUGAAGGUUCGCAGCGGGAUUUCAUUCUCAGCCUGCCAAAGGGUACCCUUGUGUACAUUGAGGGCGAUGCCACCAUGCGUUCGUACGAAGACGCAGAUGGCAAGAGACAGUCUGCCCUGAGCAUUGUACAACGGACUCUCGAGGUCCUCAAACGCCCGUACAACCCCGACGCUGCUGAUUCUGAAACUUCUUCCCAAUAAUCGGCUUCGAGGACAAGUGGGAUAGAAAAGAAAUGAUCGGUGGGGGGAGGCAUUUUGGUUACUAUUUCCUGUUGGGGUAGAUCGCUCCUCGUUAAGAAUCUUUGUCUGAAAUCUCCGCUUUGUCGGUGAAGCCGACUGUUGGCCGCCGCUCCCUUUGACUUGCAUGUAUUGUAGUUGCCGUGCUGUACCAGUAUACCCUUGAAUGACACUACUUUGACCGUGCACUC